AUGGCCUCGUUAUCUGCUCUGGAGUUUCCUUCCUUCUCUAUUCGACACCGUACAUCAGUCUUGGCGCGACCCAGAAGUCCGAUCCAAUGCCGCGCCUCAAGCUGGCCCAGCCCGAAUACACACUCCGUCUCCAGCUUUCUUUAUGCACCUUAUCGAGUUUCGGCCCCUGGGCCGGUCGUGGUCGCCGCGGCCUCCGGGCUACUUGCCAACGCUGCUUCUAAUGGGGUAUUCACGGUGGGCGAUUUUAUGACGAAGAAAGAGGAUUUGCAUGUUGUCAAGUCCACCACAACUGUUGAUGAAGCUUUGGAAAUGCUUGUAGCAAACCGAAUAACUGGUUUUCCUGUGAUUGAUGAUGACUGGAAGUUGGUUGGUCUUGUGUCAGACUACGAUUUAUUAGCACUAGACUCCAUCUCAGGUACUGGAAAGACCGACGCAGACAUGUUUCCUGAAGUUGACAGCACCUGGAAAACGUUCAACGAGAUACAAAAGUUGCUGAGCAAAACCAACGGUCAAGUGGUAGGUGAUGUGAUGACGCCAGCUCCUAUGGUUGUUCGCGAAUCUACCAAUCUCGAGGAUGCUGCUAAGUUGCUUCUCGAGACAAAAUACCGCCGCCUUCCAGUCGUGAAUGACGAUGGCAAGCUGGUGGGGAUUAUAACCAGAGGUAAUGUCGUGAGAGCUGCCCUGCAAAUCAAACGAACGAUCGGAGCUGCGUGA